UUGAAUGAGGAAAAACAGAAAUCGAUAAGCAAAAUAGCAUUAAUUACUCUAGCAAACAAAUUUUAUGUCCGGACACUACUAUGCACAGAAAAUUCCAUUAAAAGAAUAAGAAACACAUUAGGCUGGAUUUGGGCGAAAAAAAUGGAAACGCCAUGCUGAAGCUUGAGCUAAGUGUUGUUUCAAAAAAGUAUGUACCUGCUCGUGUCCAGCCAUGUUGAGUUAUGUUGAGUGGUGAUAAAAGUUGUUUAGCGAAGUUUGAAAGACCUGAAAAAUGAGCAGUGGCUCGACACUACAUUCUGCUGUUGUUCAGCGUUUGUUGAGAGCAUUUUAACACUCCAUGCCACAAUGUUAAUUCCGUGCAAGGGCACUCGAGUUGUUUUCGGAGGCUAAUUCGUGAAGAUGGUAUUGUGUUGUAUUGGUUAGCCAGGUCGUUCAAAUGUUGAUUACAAUUUUGAGAGCGUUUUAUCACCUCCAACUGAACAUCACAAAACAGCGCUCUGCAAAUGUUGAGCUAUAUCUAGUCAAAUGUUGAGAGCAUUUAAACGUGCUCGUUUCUAAAUUUUGAGUAAUUAGUGUUAAGCCUAAAGCAAGUCUAAAAAGCAAGAAAAUCCCACCCCGGAAUACGAUCCACGGAUCUGUUUGGAUUUUGUUCUUCGCAAGAAGCUAAAAGCAACAUUAUUUAUAUUCUGCAGUUUAAAAUCAGUCAAACACCAUCGUUGAAAACAUUUUAUAGAUUUUAACUGAUAUGUUCAAGUUUCAAUGGCUUUGGAAAAUGUCAUUUUCGACUAGCCACAUGUUUCAACUGUUUGAAAAAAGAAAAUAUUUGAGAAAGUUAAUGUUUGAGAAAGGACAUGUUGGAGGAAAGAAAAUGAGGUUUAGGCAAUCUGAACGAUUACAGCACAUUUGUCAUUGGCAAACAGAAGCUAUGUAGCUCAAAGCUAUUCAUUAUCAUCGGAUUAAUACUUAAUGAGAAAAGUAGCAGAUGAAAGUACUUUAUUACGUUGCUGCAUAUGUUGCUGGUAUGACCAAGAAUCGAUGCUGCAAGACAGAAAUGUGGUCCUACUUCAUCAGUGUUCUUUGUCUUCAAGGCUACACCACUUUUGUCGAAAGCAAAUUCGAAAUCGACUUCUCUACAACAGGCAGCUUUUUUCAGCAAAUAAAAGUCAAUGGCGAAAGCGACCCAAAAAACGAGGAAACAAUUAUCAAGCAAGAAUUUUUUUCUUGCGAUCGAGAAGCAAGUUGUCAUCAUGUUUUGAAAAGCUCGACAAAAGAGAAAUAUCAUCUGAGUAAGGAAGAUUUUGUCUCGAAGAAAAAUGACAGCUUUACCUCUGUUUUAAAGAGGUUCAAGCCACCUGCAGAUUGCAAGGAUAUCUUCGACAGAAGUCUUCAAAGAAGAAGUGGAAUCUAUUACAUCACAAAGCCAAACAAGAAGAUCUUAAAGGUUUACUGCGAUAUGGAAACAGACGGUGGAGGCUGGACUGUCAUACAGCGGCGUGUUGAUGCCACAACCGAAUUCAACCGUCUUUGGUUUGACUACCAGCAUGGUUUUGGAGACCUUGAGAAGAAUAUGUGGAUUGGGUUAGAGAAUAUGCACUCCCUUGCAAAACCGAAUGCCAGCACAACCAUUCGUAUAGAGAUGAAACAUUAUGGCAAGGGAGACAAACUACUGCUUGCAAAAUAUGACAGCUUUGAAAUAGAAAACGAAACAGAUGGGUAUCGUAUACGCGUGUUGGGGUACUCAGGAACUGCUGGCGAUGCCUUUAACUACCCUCAUGGUUACAAGAAUGACUUAAUGAAAUUCACAACAACAGAUCGUGACAAUGACAACUCUAUCAACAACUGUGCGCUUUAUCACAAUGGGGGCUGGUGGCAUAAUAGAUGCUUUAAUUGCAAUCUCAAUGGGCGGUUCCCUAGUAUACCAAACGCAAACGCAGAUUAUAUGUCCUGGAGGAGCGUUACUGGAAGUUUUGGCAAUAUCUACUUCUCUGAAAUGAAGAUCAGACGUAACUGAACCACGAAAGAGAACAGAAUGCCUUAAUGUCGAUUUUCAUAAAAGGGAAUUUCAGAAUUGUCAAAACUCGAACUUGGUUUUUGCUCAACAGCGGGCGAUAUUCCCCUGAAAAUGUAUCAGCUUUUAAAUAAGUAAGAAUACACUGAGAAAACUUUUCAGGCUCAAUACGAAUAUUUCUUAAGAAUAUCGAGGGUGGACAAAAUUUAUCAUAUUUUAUUUAACAAAAAAGUGUACUUUUGGGGUCUGGUCGAUUUGCUGAGCUCUGCUAUUUAAAAAUAUUGAGCUGGUGUAAGCUGCAUGAAAUUGUUGCAAAUCCAGACAAGUUUCUUUGAGCCCAAAGAAUAUCGCAAGUUAGCAUUGUUUUCACUGUCGCAUCAUCACCAUCGUUUAUAUUUAACGAUAUGCACUUUAUAUUUUAUUGAUAAACUACAAGCAUUGUAAAUUGGAUAGACUUGGCCUAGCUCUUUUUCUGGCCAACUUUUAAAAGAUUGUAGUCUUACGUUUCCUCAUUAUCAUUAUUAGUAUUAUAAACUUUGAGUAUUUGCCGUUCCUGUGUGUUUGACGGCAUAUAUAUAUAUAUGAAUUUAGAAUUUUCGAAAUUGGACCAUAGAAUCUGACAAACUACCAUGAUAAAUAACUUAUAUUACAAGAGCAUAGUGGUCAAAUUUUUGCUUGGCUUUGGAAUCAAUAGAUUUUAGAAUCAAGAUCAAAUUACAUAAUCUAUUCUGUAGUGGUUGUGUGGCUAUAUUUCAAUUACUUUUUGGCAGAUUCGAUUGUUUUUUGCAUGAAAGAUUCUUUCUUUUCUUUAUGAUUAUUUAGAGGAAAAUUAAAAAAAAGUUCUAAAAAUAUA